AAUUUAAAUCAGCAUAAAGAAUAUCUUCCUCUUUCAUAUCAAACUCCUUCAAGGUUGCACGAUCUUACUCUCUUCAUUAGAGAGAGAGAGAUCGAGAGAGGGAGAGAGAGAGAGGGAGAAAGAGAGGGAGAGAGAGAGAGAGAGAGAGAGAGAGAGAGAGAGGGAGAGGGAGAGAGAGAGAGGUAGAGAGAGGGAUAAUACAGGUUUUCAUCUCGGGGAAAGAUGGAUGAAUUAAGUAUUAUACCGUUAUGGAAAGUGAUCGGGGCUGAGAAAGAAGAGAUUCAAGGGCUACUUAAGGCGGUGGUGCAAUCUGUGGGGUGGACUUAUAGUGUCUUCUGGCAACUUUGUCCUCAACGAAGGAAAUUGAUGUGGAGUAGUGGAUACUACAACGGCGCAAUAAAGACUAGAAAGACAACUCAGCCGGCGGAAGUUACGGCUGAAGAGGCUGCGUCGGAGAGAAGCCAACAGCUCAUGGAGCUUUACGAGACGCUUUUUGCUGGAGAAUCAUCGAUGGAAGCGAGGGCUUGCACAGCACUGUCGCCGGAGGAUUUGACAGAUCCUGAAUGGUUUUAUGUGCUGUGUUUCACUUACUCUUUCGAACCUCCUUCUGGGAUGCCAGGAAAAGCGUAUGCGAGGAGGAAGCACAUAUGGCUACGUGGUGCAAAUGAGGUUGACAAUAAAAUCUUCUCUAGGGCUAUUUCUGCAAAGAGUGCCAAAAUUCAGACAGUGGUUUGCAUUCCCGUGCUUGAUGGCGUUUUGGAACUAGGCACAACGAACAAGGUCAAAGAGAGUGAAGAGUUUGUUGAGCACAUAAAGAGUUUCUUCCACAACCACCCGAAGUCAAACACUAAGCCUACUCUUUCUGAACACUUCAUCAACGAAGAGCACGAAGAAGACGAAGAAGAAGUAGAAGAAGAAGAAAUGACAAUGUCAGAAGAGAUAAGACUUGGUUCUCCUGAUGACGAUGACGUCUCCAAUCAAAAUCUACUCUCUGAUUUCCAUAUAGAAGCAACCAAUAGUUUAGAUACACACAUGGACAUGAUGAAUCUAAUGGAGGAAGGCGGAAAUUAUUCUCAGACAGUAUCAACACUUCUCAUGUCACAACCCACAAGUCUUCUUUCAGAUUCAGUUUCCACAUCUUCUUACGUUCAAUCAUCGUUUGUCUCGUGGAGAGUUGAGAAUGUCAAAGAGCAUCAGCAAUAUCAGCGAGUGGAGAAAGCGGCGUGGUCAUCGUCGCAAUGGAUGCUCAAACACAUAAUCUUGAAAGUUCCUUUCCUCCACGACAACACUAAAAAUAAGAGGCUACCGCGAGAAGAGCUUAACCAUGUGGUGGCCGAGCGACGCAGAAGAGAGAAGCUAAAUGAGAGAUUCAUAACGUUGAGAUCAUUGGUUCCAUUUGUGACCAAGAUGGAUAAAGUCUCGAUCCUUGGAGACACCAUUGAAUACGUAAACCAUCUUUCUAAGAGGAUACAUGAGCUGGAAUCUACUCAUCACGAGCCAAACCAAAAGCGGAUGCGUAUCGGUAAGGGAAGAACUUGGGAAGAGGUGGAGGUUUCCAUUAUAGAGAGCGAUGUUUUGUUAGAGAUGAGAUGCGAGUACCGAGAUGGUUUAUUGCUCAACAUUCUUCAGGUACUUAAGGAGCUGGGUAUAGAGACCACUGCGGUUCACACUGCCUUGAACGACAAUCAUUUUGAGGCAGAGAUAAGGGCGAAAGUGAGAGGGAAGAAACCAACCAUUGCUGAGGUUAAAAUAGCCAUCCAUCAAAUCAUAUAUAAUAAUAAACUCUAGUUCCGAGAUUCUAACCUUAAUGAUGCAACUUUAGAGAAGGACAUGUGAUCGCUUAUUUAAUUUUAGCGUCGUCUAUGCUACAUUAUCAGUUUCACAUAUACAAAAUAUUGUCUAUGUUACUAUAUGGUGUGAAUUUAAGUCGAAUUAAUAAAUACAAAAACAAAAAUUAGUAAUCAAAAUUAAAGCAAAAUACCCACUUAGAUUAUUGUUUUAUUAAUAGUGUGAGUUAAUAAGUAAUAAUCAUUACUUGUAUAGUUGUAUAUAUAUAUAUAUAUAUAUAUAUACUAGGGUCGAUCCGCGCUACGCGCGGGAUGUCUGUAUUUAUGUUACAAAAAUUUGUAUUUUGUUUUGUUGGGUUUGUGGUUUUAAAUAUAUGAUUGUUUAUGCAUAUGGCAUUUGGAAUUUUUUAUUUUAUUUAUGUUUUUAACUAAUUAAUAAUAUAGAUUACUGAAGUUUAAGAAAAUAUGUUGUAAAUUUUUUGACGAUAAUAGUUUCUUCUGAAGUGAUUCUAAUAUAUUAGAGUUUUAAUUUUUUUUUUAGUGUUUUUUUUCUUGUUAUGACAUCAUUUUUGUUUUUUUUUUGAAAAAUAAUAAGAUAAAUCGGUAUAUCUUACUAUCAAAUUGGAGUAUUAAUUGGUGUAUGAUAUAUUCAAGUAUUAAGACUUUUAGUAAAAAAAUCGACUUGGUUGUAUCUGUUAUUAACAUCAUAUAAUAUUAGACUAAAUAAAUAUUAUUCGGAAACUUUAAAUUAAUUUUUCGUAUGGCCUAAUUAUAAUAGCCUAAUUAAGAAGGCUUACGUGUGUAAUGGGCCUUGAACUUAAGACGAUGAAAAACUUUAACAAACCUAAAAUCUGUAUUUGGAAAUAAGGUUGUGUGCGCAGCUAUUUUUUCCUUUAUCGAGCGACCAACAGUAAAAUACGAUCAAACUACAUUCUCUUCUUACUACUUUGGCUACCAUCAGACAAAUAUUUCUCAUGUUCUUCUGUCAAACAACUCUUCUCAAGUGGUUCAGAUUCAUCAGACACAUGAAGUGACUAUUUGUCUUUCAAUCUUUAUAAUCCUUUAGAAUUAGACUAUUGGACGGGGGGGGGGGAUAGUUAUCGUUUUAUCAACCUAGGAUUCAGAUAUGGAACCUCUCUCUGUGGCGCGAAAUCAAUCGAAAUCGAAGCGAAUCCUGAUUACUUUUUCUAGAUUCAUAUUGUCAAUCUAAAAGAGAGAGAGAGAGAGAGAAAGAAAAUAACAAUUGGUUGAGAAAAUAGUGGAGAGGGUAACUGACGCAAUAGAUCGGAGAGAGAGAAAGAGUGGAUGGAUGACUCUGAUCUUCCAAGUAUCAACAAACCCAUGCUCAGAUCUUCAUCCAAGGGAAACGAAUUGAACAAAAAAUUGCAGGGAACGAGAACCAUCGUCUCCCGACGGAGAAGACAAAAAAAAGACGAAGUGUAACCGGAAAAAAAAUUGAGGGCUGAGUGCUCUUUCAAUGACACGUGUGCUCUUUCUCAAUUUAAGGAUCGGUCACCAAAAGUCCAUAUUAAGGAUCGGUUAUUGCAGUUUAAUUUACUUUUGAUUUAAUUUAAUGAUGUAAUUUGUUUAAAAACCCUCUUAAGAAAUUGCAAUAAUCAUGUUCUGAGAGGCUCCAAACA